GACUCGGGGACUCCUGGUUUGCAGUGAGUGCUGUCGAACUCGCAUUCCAGGCUGGGCUCACAGCAACUCCGCCUCCAAGCUGUUUAGGCGCCUCUGUCUCCACUCAAGUCAAGGUCACUACUGUGAAAUACUGUCUUGCUUUUAAUUUCCAAGCUACCUUGUUAUUUCUUCGGAGUAGGCCAAGCUAACUUUAGGAGGAACUUAGUUUAUAGUUUAACUUUGAAACAAAGAUGAUAACAGCCCUUUCCUGAAGCCAACCUCCUUCUUGCCUGGGGACCAGAAUGCUUUGUAAGACUAACACAUAAGCCACAAGAUUAGAAAUUGUGGUUGGAGUCAUCCAGCUAGAGGCCACAAGAUUCCAAACCUCCCCAAUUGCUCCUUAGGAUAACAUCACUAUCGUAAACUCUAAGAUUGGUGCUCGAGAUAUUUUUCAGACUCUGCAUUCUGAUGCACCAGCUGCCACCACCCACACCACUAAGCUGGCUCAACCGGUUCUGUGAUCCCACCCAGCAACAGAAGACAGCAAGAGCAUCAACUCUGACUCUCCAUGGUUUCAUCUCCAACCCGACCAAUCAGCACUGCCCUCUCCCUGGCCCCCUACCUGCCUAAUUAUCCUUAAAUGACCCGUCUCAGGAUUUUCAGAACCUGUUUUGAGUAAUAAAGCUCCAGUGUCCUUUAGCCAGUUUCUGCAUGCAUUAAACUCUUAUUGCAAUUCCCCUGUCUUGAUAAAUUGGCUCUACCUGGGCAGCGAGUAAGGCGAACGUAUUGGGCGGCUACGCCUGAGAUCUAAUCACAGGCUGCACGUGAAGCCCAGACCAGGCACCUGUCUUACACCACAGGGGGGAUCCAGUCCACAGAACCAGCGCCCUUCCCUCCUGGAACGGACCUUCCCAAAGCCAGAGGGGCUCUAGGCGGCUCAAAGAAGGGCUUCCCGGCUACCCUGGUCCCAGGCGGGACCACUCAGGUUCCUUCUCCCAGCCCUCUAGGCUACAGGGCAGGCUUCCCUAGGGGCAGGCCCAAGCCUAUAGCCCGGGGCCCGCAUCCCGGGCGAGCUGCACCCUCCCGAGACCUUUCCCAUCUGUACAAUGGGGACAGGGCAAGGCCCAGCAGGCCGGCUGGCGGGGGCUCCGGCGACAGCGCGGGACAGCAGGCGAGCAUGACGGGACAAGGGCCCAAGUCCACGUGCGCACCGGCGGGGAGGAAGGAGCCCGGCGCCCCGCCCCCAGCGCGGGCCGGAAGUGCUGCCGUAAUCCGCGCUGAGCGUCGCGAAAGCGCCGUUCCCCUUAGUGACCGGCGACGCGGGCAAGAUGGCGGCGCCGGGGGUGGCGGAGGCCGUGGUGGCCCCACACCCGGCCGAGGGGGCCGAGACGACUGAGGCGGUGGAGCUGAGCCGCGCCCUGAGCCGCCUGCUGCCGGGACUGGAGGCCGACAGCAAGCCGGGCCGGCGGCGUGCCUUGGAGGCCCUGCGGCGCGCGCUGGAGGAGCCGGGCCCUGCCACCGACCCCACCGCUUUCCAGGGCCCCUGGGCGCGCCUGCUGCUGCCGCGCUUGCUGCGCUGCCUGAGCGACCCCGCCGAGGGCUGCCGCGCCCUGGCAGUGCACCUGCUGGGUCUGGGCCUGCGCCGCGCCGCGCGGCCCCGCGAUGCCCUGCCGCGCCUGCUGCCCGCGCUCGCCGCGCGCUUGGCCGGCCCCGAGCCCGCGCGCCGCCCGCCCGAGGCCUGCGAGGAGCUGCGCCUGGCGCUCGUGCAGCUGCUGGGCCUGGCCGUGGACCUGUGCGGCGCCGCGCUCGCGCCCCACCUGGACGACGCUCUGCGCGCGCUGCGCUGCUCCCUGCUCGACCCCUUCGCCGCCGUGCGCCGCGAGAGCUGCAGCUGCGCCGCCGCCCUGGCGCAGGCCACGCCCGACCACUUCCACAUGCAGUCGGAGUCUCUGAUCGGGCCCCUGAUGCAGACCAUCUCCCACCAGCACUGGAAGGUCCGUGUGGCUGCCAUUGAAGCCACAGGUGCAGUGAUCCAGUUUGGCAACGGGAAGUCCGUGGACGACGUGCUUUCCCAUUUUGCUCAGCGACUGUUUGAUGACGUCCCGCAGGUCCGGCGGGCGGUGGCCUCCGUGGUUGGCGGCUGGCUGCUGCAUCUGCGUGACCGUUACUCCUUCUUCCACAAGCUCAUCCCUCUGCUGCUCAGUAGCCUCAACGACGAGGUGCCCGAGGUCAGGCAGCUGGCUGCCAGCCUCUGGGAGGAUGUUGGCCUGCAGUGGCAGAAGGAGAAUGAGGAGGACCUGAAGGACAAGCUGGACUUUGCCCCUCCCACCCCACCCCAUUACCCUCCACAUGAGCGUCGCCCUGUGCUGGGCUGCCGGGAGCUCGUCUUCAGGAACCUCUCCAAGAUCCUCCCCGCCCUAUGCCACGACAUCACCGACUGGGUGGUGGGGACCCGAGUGAAGUCGGCACAGCUGCUGCCGGUGCUGCUGCUGCACGCCGAGGACCACGCCACGCAGCACCUGGAGGUUGUCCUCCGGACCCUGUUCCAGGCCUGCACCGAUGAGGAGGCAGCCGUGGUCCACAGUUGUACCAGAUCCGCAGAGCUCGUCGGGACGUUUGUCAGCCCUGAGGUGUUUUUGAAGCUGAUCUUAUCGACGCUGAAGAAGACACCCUCCGCCUCCAGCCUCCUGGUGCUGGCCUCCGCCAUGCAGGGUUGCCCCCGAGAAGCCCUCCAGCCCCACCUGGCAGCCAUCGCCACGGAGCUGGCACAGGCCCACAUCUGCCAGGCAUCUGAAAACGACCUCUACCUGGAGCGCCUGCUGCUCUGUGUGCAGGCCCUGGUGUCUGUGUGUCGUGAGGACUGUGGCGCGGCCAGCCUGCAGCUCAUGGACGUGCUGCUGACAAUAGUAGCCCUCGCAGGUGCCACUGGCCUGAGGGACAAGGCACAGGAGACGAUGGACUCACUGGCCAUGGUGGAGGGUGUCAGCGGCUGCCAGGACCUCUACCACAAGCACAUCGGUCCCCUCCUGGAGCGGGUGACUGCGUCGCACCUCGACUGGACCGCACACUCGCCAGAGCUCCUGCAGUUCAGUGUCAUCGUCGCGCAGUCAGGCCCUGCCCUAGGACAAGCCCUGCCCCACGUCGUGCCCACGCUCAGGGCCUGUCUUCAGCCCUCCCGAGACCCGCAGAUGCGCCUGAAGCUGUUCUCCAUCUUGUCCACUGUGCUGCUCAGAGCCGCGGACACCAUCAACUCCCAGGGGCAGUUUGCCAGCUACCUCGAGACGGUGACAAAGGACAUCCUGGCCCCCAGUCUGCAGUGGCACGCGGGGAGGACAGCCGCGGCCAUCCGCACGGCUGCCGUGUCCUGCCUCUGGGCGCUCACCAGCAGCGAGGUCCUGUCGGCAAAGCAGAUACGGGACGUGCAGGAAACACUGAUGCCUCAGGUCCUGACCACUCUGGAGGAGGAUUCGCAGAUGACGCGACUGAUCUCGUGCCGUAUUAUCAACACGUUCUUAAAAACCUCAGGCGGCAUGACGGAUCCAGAGAAACUCAUCAAGAUUUAUCCUGAACUCUUAAAACGCCUGGACGACGUUUCCAACGAUGUGAGGAUGGCAGCCGCCUCCACCCUGGUCACCUGGCUGCAGUGUGUCAAGGGUGCCGACGGAAAGUCCUACUAUCAGAGCAGUGUCCAGUACCUGUACCGAGAGUUGCUGGUUCACCUUGAUGAUCCAGAGAGGGCCAUCCAGGAUGCAAUUUUAGAGGUCCUCAAAGAGGGCAGUGGGCUGUUCCCAGAUCUCCUGGUGAGGGAGACGGAGGCCGUCAUCCACAAGCACCGCUCAGCCACCUACUGCGAGCAGCUCCUGCAGCACGUGCAGGCCGUGCCAGCCACACAGUGACCACGCUGGUGCGAGCCACAGCACACCCUUGUCCCCACCUGAGCCGGAGUUUGUGGCCUUUAAAUCUCAUAAACAAGGCACCUCUGUGCCAACAGCAAGACUAUGACGGCAAGAAUGUACUCCUCAGGACACCUGCCCGCUCUUUCCCUGGAAUAACAGCCUCUGAGUGGAUUCUGCAUUUUAUGUGAUUUGUACCGUUCAUCGAGAGGGCUCCCAAACGUCUACAGCUGAUUUGAAAUUAAAAGUAAAUCGCAGCUGCUGCUCCUGCAGCCAGAUCAGCAUCAUCUUAGUUUUUAAGCCUCACGUGCGCAGCUGGGUUCGUGAAUUAUCGGUUCCAUCCUGCUUAGAUGCUCACCAAGAAAGUUUUUACCUAUUUAACAAAAAACAAAAAAGCCAAAGUGAUUAUAAAGAAAUGAAAUCUCUUUUUGGGUUCUUUCUCCUGAAAUUUAAUAUCUCAGUGAAAAGACUAAAAGGAAUUUGGAAUCUUAACAACUUACCAAAUUUCUCCUGUUUUAAAUAUACUGGGCCUUUAAAGGUUAUAUGUCCGGUCACCGUAUGUUUUAAGUCAGUGAUGCUGACAGUGUUGAAAACAAUAUUUCAUCGGAUCUUAUUGUGGUUGCCCCUAUAGGUAGCAGGAAAGUAAAGUUGCGUUUCCCUCUCGUACAUUCUACACCCAAGUGCCUAAAAGAGCUCAUUGUAAGUGGGUAGUGUUACCGGAAGCCGUUCUGUUCACACAAGGGGGAAAUGCUGUGUAUAUUUUUCAACAAAUAUUAACAUUUAUACUUUCAUGUUUGAAAAUUUAAUUAAGAAUAUUUGUUAUAA